ACUUCAUUCAAUUCGAUUGUUUAUUGCUUCAUUGCCUUCAGAUAGUGAAGUUACUAUUUAGAUGAUAAUUUCAGUUAUACAUUAUUUAUUAACUAAGAAAAAAAACUGUAAUUUCAUAAGAGCUACUAAUUUUAUGCAAAUUUAAAAAUUGUAAAACAUUAUAAGAUUUUCAUUUCAAAUAUGGUAUUAACGAAGGAAUAUCGUAUAUGCAUGCCUCUUACUACAGAAGAGUAUCGCAUAGGACAGUUAUAUAUGAUUGCCAGACAUAGUCAUGAGCAAUCUGAUAAUGAUGAAGGUGUUGAGGUAGUUGAAAACAUAGAAUGUGAUCAUCCAGAACAUGGAAAAGGCCAAUUUACAGAAAAAAGAAUUCAUUUAUCUAGUAAAUUACCAUAUUGGGUUCAAUCAAUCAUUCCACGAAUAUUUUAUGUCACAGAGAAAGCUUGGAAUUAUUAUCCUUUUACUAUCACAGAAUAUACUUGUUCAUUUAUUCCAAAAUUUCACAUCUCAAUAAAAACACGAUAUGAAGAUAAUAAUGGAUCCACGGAAAAUUGUUUAGGACUUUCUCCCAUUGAGUUGAUUCACCGUGAAAUUGAUUUUGUAGACAUUGCAUAUGAUGAACUUUCUGCAAAGCAUUAUAAAGAGGAAGAGGAUCCAAAAUUUUUCCAAUCUCAACGAACUGGUCGUGGACCAUUGGUAGAAGGCUGGAAAAAUAUCACACAACCUAUAAUGUGUUCUUAUAAAUUAGUCCAUGCUUCUUUUGAAGUUUGGGGCAUGCAAACUCGAGUUGAAGACUUUAUUCAUAGAUGUAUAAGAGAUAUUUUAUUAUUGGGUCAUCGACAAGCGUUUGCAUGGAUCGAUGAAUGGUAUGAUAUGACAUUGGAAGAUGUUCGACAGUAUGAACAAAAGAUGCAAGCUGAAACAAAUGAGAAAGUACGGCUCAAAAAUCAAAAUGAGAGACCAAUGACACCUCUCACACCAACUUCAUCAGUGCCAUCUUCACCAUUACCCAAAUCUCCUACCAAUCGAUCAUGGUUUUCUUGGUCAUAGCCAUAAUUCUAAAAAAAUUAGAGUAAUCGAUAGUAUCUAGGGAACGUAAUUAAAAAUUGUGCAAAUAAACAUCAGCAUUUUCGAUUCUAUGUGUGUAUAUACAUAUAUACUGUGUACAUUAUAGUCAGGUCAGCUGUAACAGGAUUUGUAAACCAGAGUUCCUGCUCUAUGCUUCUAAAUCAUUUUUGUGCAAGGUUAUUAAACAAAGGAUAUUGAUUCUCUAAGUAAUGUUGAAUAUUUUUAUAGUUUAAUAUAUGUUAAACUAUUUUUAUUUAUAUUAAUCAAUUUAGGAAUUAGUUUAUUGAAAGCAGUAUUUUAAAUGAGGAGCAGGUUUUUUAUUUUCAGUAGUUACGUUUGUGAUUAUUUAUUUGAUAUUUGUAUUGAUUAUUGUUUCGUUGAUCUAGAACAGAGGAGAAAAAUAAAAGAUGUAGUCCUCAAAUCGUUAUAAUAUGUAAACAAGGCUAUUAGCGAAUCUUUAAUGUGGUUAGCAAAGAUAUAUUGCAUCCAAAUAUAUUUGUCGAUAGUAUACAUCAGCUUAAAUGUAUGAAAUAUUAUAAAAACCAGUGAUAGCAUUUAUCUUAAGAAUUAUUAAAUAUUGUAGCAAAAUAUCGUACACAAAAGAUAUAAAUAUGUAUGUAUGCUUCUUGAACUGCAAUUACGAAUUUUCAUGGCACUACUGAAUUGCAUUUUACUUUAAUCUUAACGAAGAAGUUAUAAUAUUAUAGAUAGCUAUAAAGUUUUUUUUAAUUGAAAAAUAAAUAGAUUGUACAUAUAGAAUUAUUGCUAUUAAAGCAUAAUUUUAAUUUUUAAAAUUUCAAAAUAUAUAUAGAGAAAGAAUACCUAUUUUUAUUUAUAUAUUAAUAUUUGAAUAUUUUUAUUUUUCUUUUUUUAUUUAAAUUAUUUAUGUUUUCUAAAAUUUUCUUGGGACCAAAAAUAAAAAAAAAAUUGAAAUUGAACAAAAUAAAAAAACAAAAAUAGGUAUACACAAAAGUUCACAUACAAUUUAUAACUUUUAGAUAGAUUGCAAUUGCAGCUAUACACAGUUGGAAUGUGUAUAUUAUACCAUGGAAAAAAGAUAUUCGAUUUUAUGCUUAGGAAUUUCACUAUUUAUUUUCCAUUGUUUAUGGCACAUUUAAAAAUUGUGUUCCUAUUUGAAAGGGUAUUUAUAUUAUAAAAUAUUUAAUUUCUUCAUUACUAUAUGUGUAUGUAUUUAAAUAAAAAUUUCAAGCAAUUUUUCUCAAGAA